GCGUGCACAGGAAGUGAAGAACCAGAAGGAGUGGAGGAUGGUGCCGUGACAGGAGAGUCACGCUAGGUCGGAGGGGAAGCGCUGAGGCGAUGGCAGGAAGCGCAGCUCUUUUUAAGAGGCUGGAGAGGAUUAGAAAUGAGCUCACCAGUGGCACGGCCAAGGUCAGUUGUUUUGGAGGCAAAGUCGGAGAGAGCCGACUUGGGUGCUUUGGACCUGUUCCAGAGGAGGGCGAGCGGGUAUGUUGGCAGAAGGAUGAUGAGGAUGGAGCUGCCAGGCAAGAGAGCGAGAGCAAGACCCAAGAGAAGGUUGACAGCCAUGCGUGGAUGCGAGCGUUCCUUGGUGCCGUUGGUCACGUGCUUGCUGGUGUGCAGCCUGGCCGUUUCCUCUCAGCCUGACAGACAGCAGGACCUGGAUCUGGACCUGGACCGGGAGCUUGAGCUGCGUCACCUCAAGAUGCCGCAUCAACUGGGGCAUGGACAACGUGACCUGUUGCAGGACUGGACCAAGCGAGCGGUGGAGGAUCUCCUGGCAAGGUUGUCGCCACCCGAGGCCGAAAUCCGGCAGCCGUCCGAUCUUGCGUCGGCUAGGAUGGACGGCGAGCGCUCGGUGGACCCCCCCAACAACGGGCCCCCCCGCGAGCGUAAGGCCGGAUGUAAGAACUUCUACUGGAAAGGCUUCACUUCCUGUUAGGAGGCGUCCGCUCAUCGGUCGCUUCGCAUCUCGUUAAUUCUUGUCCAAGAAACUUCAACUUAUUUGUGUCCUUGCUUCAUUAAAGAAAGAAA